UUUUAACUGGCUUGACAGCGCCAUUUUCACUCGGCUUCUUCCUGAACUUUUGAAGCGUUUACGACUUCGAUCGGAAUUGUAAAUUGAAUCAACAUGGGUGCUUGUUUGGCACUGAGCUCCCUGGCCAGUUGUGCGUCCUGUUUGUGCGGCUCGGCCCCCUGUCUCCUGUCAUCAUGUUGUCCUUCAACGUACAACUCCACCAUGAGCCGGCUGGCCUUCUCCUUCCUGCUGCUGCUCGGGACUCUGGUGUCUGUUAUCAUGAUUCUCCCAGGCAUGGAAGAACAUCUUAAAAAGAUUCCAGGUUUCUGCAUGGGUGGCACAACCAUACCUGGCAUCGAGAACAAGGUGAACUGCGACAUCAUCGUGGGCUACAAGUCAGUGUACCGCAUGUGCUUCGCCAUGGCCUGCUUCUUCUUCCUCUUCUCCAUCAUCAUGAUCCGAGUGCGCAGCAGCAAGGACCCCCGAGCCGCCAUCCAAAAUGGUUUCUGGUUCUUCAAGUUCCUGGUGCUCGUUGGCAUAACUGUGGGAGCGUUCUUCAUUCCAGAUGGCAUCUUUAAUACAGUGUGGUAUUACUUCGGCAUGGUGGGCUCUUUCAUCUUCAUCAUCAUCCAGCUCAUCCUGCUGGUGGACUUCGCCCAUUCCUGGAACCAGUCUUGGCUGGAGAAGGCAGAGGAUGGAAACUCCAAGUGCUGGUUUGCAGCUCUGCUGUCUUUCACAAUACUCCACUACGCCUUGGCUUUCGCUGCUGUCGUACUCUUCUACGUGUUUUACACCCAACCGGACGACUGCACUGAGCACAAGGUCUUCAUCAGCCUCAACCUCCUGUUCUGCAUCAUUGUGUCCAUUGUGGCCAUUCUUCCCAAAGUUCAGGAGGCUCAGCCCAGCUCAGGCCUGCUCCAGGCCUCGCUUAUCUCCCUCUACACCAUGUACGUCACCUGGUCGGCCAUGACCAACAACCCCAAUAAGCAGUGUAACCCUAGUCUGCUGGGACUGGUCCAGCCCAGCAGUCCAACUCCACCACCAGGACCUGCUCCUACUGCAAGCGUCCAGUGGUGGGAUGCACAAGGCAUUGUGGGAUUGAUCAUUUUCUUGUUCUGUACUCUUUACGCCAGCAUCCGCUCCUCCAACAAUGCCCAGGUAAACAAGCUAAUGCGGACCGAGGAGGGCCAGGGACUGACCGCUGACCCUGAGGUCGCCACGGUGGACGACGGAGUCCGACGGGCUGUGGACAACGAAGAGGAAGGAGUCACCUACAGCUACUCCUUCUUCCACUUCAGCCUCUUUCUGGCCUCUCUCUACAUAAUGAUGACCCUCACUAACUGGUUCAAGCCAGAUACCGACUACCAGGCCAUGCAGACCACCAUGCCAGCCGUCUGGGUGAAGAUCGGCUCCAGCUGGCUGGGCUUGGCCCUGUACCUGUGGACCCUGGUGGCCCCGCUGGUGCUUCCCGACAGAGACUUCAACUAAAAACGGUGUCAGCAUUGGUUGGUAGCCUCUUACUGUUUGCACCUUGAGGAGAGAUAGCUUUAGCUUCAGAUUAUUCCACUUGAAUGUUUGAUUUCCUCACAACUCUACAUUUAAGAUUGGAAAUUUAUAUGGUAAAAUGCUUUGUUUUUGUACUUAAGCCAUUGCAUGUGUUGCAUGUUGAUUUUUUUGUGGCUCAUGUUACUUUUGCAUUGUUUCCUCCACUGUUACAAAUAUUCGAACUGAGAACUGACUACAUGCCUUUAUAGGACCAGACCAAAUGAAUCUUAAAUUAUCUCUGUGGGAAACCGAUGUCUCAGCUUUCACUACAUUUACGUUGUGCUCGUGUAUUUUUUAAAAAUCAUUCCCUAUAAAUCAGUUUAAUUUUUAUGAAGAGUCUUAAUUUCUGAGAUUUAUAGUUACAUGCAUUUUCAUAGCACAGCUUUGUUCUAGUGCCACGUUUUAUAACAGGAGCGCUUUAUUAUAAAUUGAGCACAAGUUGUUCAGAGGGACCAUUUUUGAUACCUUUAAAAGUUUUUAUGACGCUGAGUUUUCAGUGUAAAGCUGUUUCCUCAACAAUAUGUUCACUUUUCAUUCUAAUCAAUAAAGCUGACAUUCAGUAUAAUGUCUUCAA